UCUUACGGAAUCGCACACAAAUCAAAACAUUUUAUUAAAAAAUAGUCGUAAAAUCGUCAUUUAAAUUAAUUACAACUAAUUUAAAUAAAAAAUAAGUGGCAGUAAUUUUUUUUAUUGCUAAAUAUUUUGCAAUAAAAUUAGAAAUGUUAUAAAACAAGAUUAUGUUAAUUUAUGCAAAAAUGUUUCGUUUUUUAUUGGUUAUCGGCUUUGUUUGUGGUGUGUUAAAAAGUGUUUGGGCUUUGCCAUUACCACAGCACCAAUAUGGGACCACACCAAUACAAUUUAUACCGAUUGGCUUGCCACCGUCCUUAAAUACCGAUAUACGAGCGCCGAAUCGAAUAUUUUUUGAUCAAUUAGGCACCUUUAUACAAUCCGCCUCGUUUUUACCAAUCGAAAUUAACGUUCCUGACACUAUAAAUACUAUCUACAACGGAGCAGUGGGUGCAGCUCAACGAUUUCCAUUAAUUAAUCGAUGGAUAACUGGAACAGAACCACGACCCUAUCCAAAUCUAUUUAUUUUGUUACCAAUGGGACAUCCAGAAAUUCAACCACAAAAACAUGAUCAAUUAAUGGAAAAAUUUUUAGGAUUACAUUUACCAUUUCAAGAUUUGAAAUAUAAACCAAAGAAAAAGAAACCAACGGAAGUUCCCAAAGAAACGCCCGGAAAAAUUCAAGGCGAAGAUACAAAGAAAAUUAUUGGUGAAAAAAAUAAUCAAAAUUGUACAACAAAAAAUGAUUUGGUGGAACCAGAAGAUAUCGAAGCGAAUAAAGUGUUAAUGGAAUAUUUGGAAAGAGUGAAAGAACAUAAUAAACUCUUUAAAAAUGGAAUACAUGGGAAUCGAUUAAUUGUGCCAGAACCAAUAAUGCCCACGUAUUUGGAUACAAAUGUACGAGAUAAUAAUGAUUUUGGGUUUAUUCGUGGUGGGGGCUAUGGAUUGUAUCCAUUCCAUCAAAACUAGACAUUUUGGAUUUUUAUAUCAAAUAUUCGAACAAUUCAAAUUUUGUACGAACAAAUUCGAAGUUUCUUUCAGUAACUUUUACA